AUGAGGGCAGAGCUGAUCGCGUGCAUCUGGAUCGCACUGCUCAGGUUCAGUGGAGAGUUCGUGAGGAAGGGGCAGGCGGACGCGUGCAGGAGAGGAGGAAGGCGAUGCGAAGACGGGCGAGAGAGAAAGGCUAUCGCAGGAAUGCAUGUGUCCUCGGCAGAGUAUCCCCAGCACGGUGACCGUGGUGACUCCUUGAGAAGUCCGUUCGAAUCUAUUGAUGUGGCUGGGCAUGAGGAGGAGGAGGAGAGCGCGAGGAGCAGGAGGAGGAUCGUUGACGUCUCCGGAGCUCUGCUGCUGUUUCAUUGUAUGCACAGUCUUUUCCCGUGCCACAGGCUUCGUGGAGGUGCCGCGAUGGUGGAGAGGCCUGAGGAGCAGAGGAUGAUGUACGAUGAAGCUGGAGGUCAUCACAAGGUGGAGGAGCAUGAAACUUCUCUGCAGCUCCUGUCCAUAUUGCAGUCAGGAGGAACGGCCGUCCCCGACGCCCUUGUAGACUUUUUCGCUAGGAGGAGCGAGCAUCGUCGCAAUCAGACUGCUGUACAGUCGAAUCGCUCCCUGCUGGAGAGAUCGAACGGGUCGAGAGUAUCAAGGGGGGGGGAGGAGCCUGACUUGGCUCUGAGAAAAUGCUUCUGCUGCCAUAGCGGCAAAGUUACCUACGGCAUCGCCGAGAGCAGGUGGAGUGGGGAGGCGGGCUGGGAGGGGGCGGGAAGCUUGAGAGCGUGA